AGGCGAAAGCGUGAGCAAAACCAAGCUCAGGCUGCAGCUGCCAAAGAGUCAGGCAAGAAUACUCUGACAAAUCAUCUCACUACUGCUCCAACCUACACUUUCAUCACUCUGAAGCCAGUCACUAUCGACAUCUCCAAACAUACAGCUGUCGACUUUGCCCACAUCUUCACACCAAAGUUUGCUGCCACCCUCAAGAGGUUCAACGUCCUCGAAACACUCAACUGUCCAGACAUUCUCACUGAUGACAUCAGCGCCGUCUUCAAACUUUGCAAUUGCCUCACUCACCUCGACCACACUCUCAAAAAUGUGUCCUGUGUGAUCAGCAUUGAAGAGUGGAAUUGCUGGGACUCAGGUUUAAAGGAGAUCAGCAGGAUUUUGUUCAAAGGACUUCAGCACAACCGAGUCCGAGUUUUUAAAGCGCUUCAUGCGGUUUGGAACAAUGGGUAUUUCAACUAG